AUGGAUGACCUCGUCAUCAUGAGUCAUGAAGAAGAGACAAUGCUCAACAAUAUCCAGCGCACGUUCGAUUCCUUACGUAGCGUGAACUUAAAACUUAACCCGACAAAAUGCUCCUUCGGCAUGGAAGAAGGAAAAUUUUUGGGUUUCAUAGUUACAAGAGACGGCUUUAAGGUCAAUCCAGAAAAAGUGCAGGCCAUCCAGUUAAUGCCAUCACCUGCAACAAUCAAAGAAAUGCAAAGGCUCGCCGGACGAUUAGCAGCUCUGAACAGAUUCUUGGCUAAUCAUGCGGCAAAAUCUUAUCCAUUUAUUAGUACGCUGCGAAACUGUGGAAAGAAAACUCCUUUUCAAUGGACGCCUGAAGCAGAAGCAGCAUUCAAACAAAUGAAAGAAUGUUUAAUUCAAUUGCCAACACUGACCGCGCCCAAAGAAAAAGAACCAUUAAUCUUAUAUCUGUCGGCCGCGGAAGUAGCAGUAGGCGCAGUAUUAAUGGUAGAACGGGAAAAUAUCCAGACUCCAAUCUACUAUAUCAGCAAAAUGCUCACUGGCCCCGAAACUCGUUACUCAAUGAUAGAAAAAUUGGUUCUAGCACUAGUACACGCAUCCAGACGCUUGCGCAAAUUAGCUAAAUGGGCCAUUGAGCUGGGAGGCUACAACAUUUUUUACAGACCAAGACCAGCAAUCAAAGGGCAAGUUCUAGCAGACUUCGCCACUGAAGUUCCCGUCGAUAAAAUACAAGAAUGUGAGGCAAUCCAGAACCCAACACCUGUUUUCGACGAUAGAGUCUGGACCUUACACACAGAUGGUGCUUCCAACGAUGAUGGAGCAGGAGCAGGCCUCCGAUUAAUCAGUCCGAAUAAUCACGAACUUACAUAUGCAAUACGCUUAGAUUUCCAAAGUACCAACAAUGAAGCAGAAUACGAAGCAUUUUUAGCAGGUCUCCGUCUAGCACUCAAAAUGGGGGCAAGAAACCUUGAAGCCAGCGUUGACUCAAAGCUAGUAGCUGAACAAGUUAAUGGUCGUUAUGAUGCGAAAGGGGAAGCUAUGGCGUUGUACCUCGAACAAGCGCGGAUGUUAAUCAGCCAAUUUCAAACAUUUAAAGUUAAUCACAUAAACAGAAGCGAGAACAAGCACGCUGACGCACUAAGCAAGUUAGCUGCUACCAGCUUUAAGCACUUAGCAAAGGAGGUACGCAUAGAGGUAUUAUCCAACCCUUCUAUUCAUCUCAAGCAAGUAAGCGUCAUAGAAAUGGGAGAUCCAUCCUGGAUGUCUCCAAUCAUCUUGUACCUUCAACACGGAAAACUUCCGGAAGGAAAGGCAGAAGCUCGAAAAAUACAACACAAAGCAAUAAAUUACGAGAUGGCGGAUGGCGUCCUUUAUCGAAAGUCAUUCAUGGGCCCAUUACUACGCUGUGUUGAUAAAACAGACGCCCAAUACCUAGCCAGAGAAAUCCACGAGGGAUUAUGCGGGAUACACGCGGGACCGUGCAUGGUCGUGGCAAAAAUAAUGAGCGCCGGAUACUACUGGCCAGGAAUGCACAUGGACGCAGUUGAUCUAUUAAGAAGAUGCGAGGCAUGUCAACGCCACGCACCAAAGACACUCCGACCCAAAAAUCCAUUCGGGUUACCAUUGCGCAUUAUUUCCGACAAUGGUACAAACUUCGCCGCAGAAGAUCUUCAAAAAUGGUUCAAAGAAAUGAAGAUCGAGCACAAUUUUGCCUCCGUUGCGCAUCCUCAAGCGAACGGUCAGGUAGAAAGCGUAAACAAACAAAUCGUUGACGGCAUAAAAGCGCGACUUGGGACAGCGCGCAGAGGGUGGGUUGACGAACUUCCCAGCAUCCUCUGGGCGCAUCGAACAAUGCCAAAAACUAGCACCGGAGAAACUCCGUUCAGUCUAGUCUAUGGGUCUGAGGUGGUCAUUCCAGCUAAGAUAGGUUUACCAUCACCGCGCAUGUUAGCCAUGGAAAAACAGAGCAAUGAACAAGAGCGAAGAAUGGAUUUGGAUCUUCUGGAAGAGAGGUGCGAGAACGCUGCCAUAACGGAAGCAAGGUACAAAUCCAAGCUCGAAAAAUAUUACAAUGCGCGCGUGCGUGUUUGCACCUUUGUCCCGGGCGAUUUUGUCUUACGCGACAACGAGGCUUCAAACGCCGAAAAGCCCGGCAAAUUAGCGCCAAGGUGGGAAGGACCGUACGUCAUUAACGAGGUCUUAGGCAAGGGGGCAUAUACCCUAAAAAAGAUCGAUGGGACCCUAGUCCCCCGUACCUGGAACGCACAACAGUUGCGCAAGUGUUACAUAUGA